AUGGGUUUGAAGGCCGCCGUUGUCCUGGGACUGGUCCCCCAGCUGGUUUCUGCCGCUGCCGUCUGCAAAUUCUCCACUGCAGUCAGCAGUAGUGAUACUUGCUCGUCCUUCGCUUCAUUCCGGGGCUCGACUCUUGCGGACUUCCAAGCUCUGAACCCCGGCGUCUCAUGCCCAACUCUUACAGCCGGUCAAAGCUACUGUGUUAUUGGCACUGUCACCGCCGACCCAGCGAACACAACUAAGGCUGCGACAACCACUAAAACAACCAAGGCUGCGACAACCACUGCCUCCCACAUGCUCCAACCUUUGGCUGGACUACUACGUCUGCGUGCACGUCCCAGGUACCACCACUACCGCCUCAACCCCCCAGCCGACGUCCACUGGACCCGAGGCCUAGAUGCCCAGAUGCCUGGCAUCUCCAUUGAACUCGCUGCAAAAACCACUCUUGCCCAGUUCCGCUCCUGGAACACCCAGAUUGACGCCACUUGCACUAACCUGUGGAUUGACCACUACGUCUGCACCAAGGCCUAG